CAGCAGCAGCUCGUCAGCUCCGGGGCGGACCCGGAAGGUACCGGUUGUUGUGAGGGGCAGCCAUGGUGUGCGAGAAGUGUGAGAGGAAGCUCGGUACCGUGAUCACUCCCGAUACGUGGAAGGACGGGGCGAGAAACACCACAGAGAGUGGUGGCCGAAAGCUAAAUGAAAACAAGGCGUUGACCUCAAAGAAGGCAAGAUUUGAUCCUUAUGGAAAGAACAAAUUUGCAAUAUGUCGGAUUUGUAAGAGUUCCGUCCAUCAGCCAGGGUCUCACUAUUGUCAAGGAUGUGCCUAUAAAAAAGGCAUCUGCUCAAUGUGUGGCAAGAAGGUCUUGGAUACGAAGAACUACAAGCAAACCUCUGUCUAAUUAUAUUGAUCAGUCUUUUCAUGAACUUUAACUAAGGCAUCUUUGUACAUUAACCGUUCUCUGAAAUCAUUUGUGAAUAUCAGUUUCUGGAAGAUAAUACAUUUACAUGGAAUGAGAUGAGAGAUAAAGAUUGCCUGAUUGUAUAGAAAUGUACAUGAUAUUUGAUUUUUGUUGUUUUAGCACUAAUGUUAACUGAUACUUAAGGUAAUGGUUUGCAGCAACUGCUACAGUUCAAAGUGACAGGUUGAAACUAUGUUACCAUCGUAACAUCCUUGAGAUUAACACUUCCAUUGUUCUGUUGCUGCAUCUCGAGUCUCUUGCUUGUCUGGUAGUAAUGCUUUAUAGAUGUGUAAAAUAUGAGGUUAUUUCACCUCGUGGAAGUAGCAUCUUUGUUUAGGUAUGCAUAUUUAUAAUUCCUCUCAUCCCUAUUAUGUCCUGUACUUUGAAGUGCUGCUUUUCAGAGUUUGAUUCAAGUGUUCUGUUGAAACAGUAGGGUUCUUUGUAUUGCAGCUUGUUAAUCUACUAAAAUGCAGUGUGUUACUCUGCCAGUUUGUACUUUUGCAGUAAGACUGAGCUGUUCUCCUAGCAACCCCUAAGGAGUUCUACAUACAGCAUUUGGUGGCCCAAGGCAAUAAAAUAAUGAGCAUAAAUUUCUAA